GAAGAAUUGAUAACCAUGUCACCAGUCAAGUCCCAAGGUAGAACAAAUGCCACAAAGCAGAGGGCAGAGGCAGCAAAAAAAGGAAAUCAACAGAAAGAUAUGAGACAGAAUGGUUCCAAAGCUUCUCAGUCUCGCUCUAAAGUGCCUAAUGGAAAACAAAAAGGUAGAGGGAAUUCACCAACUCUGGAGGAUGGAAAGACAAUUCAAGUGAAGAGUAACAGAAGGAACAAAGCAGAUCUAAGUAAAGAGGGAGGUACAGAACAAAAGGAACCACAGGAACAAGCGGGGAACACAUUAGGAAACGGACCAACUGCAAAUGGCAAAUCACAACCUCAACAUGAGAAAGAUAGUAAGAAUACAGGGGGCAUAAACAAGACCACCAAACUCAAAGCACCCACAACCAUACAAGGGAGGAUCAACAAGCUCCCCGCCAAGCCUGACAAUAAGAGAAGUGACAAAGUGACAGAGAAUGAGGAGGAGGAAUCAGAGAGCGAUGCAGGAAGCUCAGCAGAGGUGACGGAAGAGGAAAGUAGUAACGGUGAGAAGGAGGAGGAGCAGGAGCAGGGCAGUAACAAAGAGCCAGCUGAGACGCAGGGGAGUGAGGAGAGCAGUGAGCAGGAGGCUGAGGCAUCAGAUACUCAAAGUGACACAGAACAGAUAGCAAACGAAGAAUCAGACAAAGAGCUUUCAGAGGAAGCCAAAUCCAUAAGUGACUCCAAGGUUGAACCAGUUGCAUCCAGUGAAGAAGAAGAAGAGGAAAACAAGAAUGAGGUUGUAUCUGAAGCGUUCAUCAGUUAUGGGGGUGAAGACAAGGAGAUGACCCAGGAAGGCACAUCUGAAAAGCCAACAGCUGUUAAAGCCUGCAGACAACGCAGACAGACUCCUCAUCCAUCAAAGCCUACACAAGGGCAGAAACACAAGAUGUUCAAAAAAACAAAGGCAGAUAAGCAGGCGGGGAAGACUGAGAAACAGAGGGCCAAAGCAGAAAAGCAGAGGUUAAAAAAGGAAGCCAAACAAAAAGCCAAGGAAGAAAAAAAGAACAUAAAGAAGCCACAAAAAGAGGACAAACCCAGUUCUGCAACAGACGAGAUACAACCACCAAAAGGUCUUUCCUUCAACAAGGUUAACACAGCAAAAGACAAGACCCAGUUAGCAAACAAAACAAAAAAUAUCAAUGAGAAAGAUGCAUCUGUAGAAGCUGAUCCAGAUGAGCAGGAGGCUGAACCAACAUUGACCAAAGCCAUCAAAGGCCAAAACCGAAUUAUGCUUCUCAAAGCCAAAGGUAAAGACCUCAAAGCCAUUCUGGAGCCUGAGGAGCAGCAGGAUACUAGAAGCGUCGUCAAAGGGCGCCCACAGAGCUUGCUCUUGGGGAAGGUCAAGAUGGCAUCUCUCCGACAUAAAGCAAAUAAGAUUUUAGCAAAGCCUGACAAGGAAAAAUCAGAGAGUGAGGAAGUUGAGGGGUGGUCCAGCAAACCCAAGGAACAUUUGAUAGCACAAAGAAAAGGUAUGACCCCUCUUCACCGAGUGACUGGUUGGAUUCAGAAGAACAUGCCACAGGGGUUAAACUUGAGAAAGAAACUUUCUGCUUGCACUAAAGCCAUCGGGGUCUCCCGCUGGCUCUCCCUUCGGGCAAUAAAACAGAAACAAGGUCCCAGAAAAUCUAAGGACAAUAUCCUCAAACAUAGAAUGGUCAUGAGAAUUGCCAGUAAAACCAGCCUGGCCAGUAAGAAAAAUAGGAGCUCCUCUGAGGACAAACUGGCUAAAGAGAAAGCCAGCCUCCAGGGAAUGGCAGGGGACAGAGGGGAAGAAGUGGCCCCAGCUGGAGAGAAAGAGAUAGAGGCCAAAUAUGCUGUGGUACUUCCCAGGAUGAACAAAAUGGGCAAAGCAAAGACAGUUAAGGUGCCCCAGGCAGCUCCUGGACCCUCUAUUCUAUCAAGUACCACUGGAUCACCUGGAGAACUCACUACAUCAGAGCCCAAAGUCCUGAAACCAGGUGCCAGGCUUGUGCUCACUGUCAAACCGGAUCUCAGCCUCUUGAAGUCCAUCAAGAAACCCUUGCCAGGAGGGUUAACAUCAGCUGGAGAUGUAGCAGAGAGGAGCCCUGGGUCCAGUGGUACUCUGGAAGGAGCAUCCAACGCUGAGGAUAGAAACAGGAGAGCUGCCCUAGACAAUCAAGAUGGAGUCAGUGUACUACAGGCUGCAAGAGGGAAACUGGACCCCUCCCAGAUCAACCUGACCACGAUGUCCUUGUCAGGAGGAACAAUAGGUGGUGGACUGACUCAGGCCAAAGGACAAGACUCAGAGAGAGAGGCUGCAGCUGGAAUACCCAGGUCCACCACUCAGCCCUUUCCAAAUGGGGAGGCAAGUGCGGUGAUGUCAAGUUCGCGGCCCUUGUAUGAAGAAGAGGCAGACAGAGAAGUGGCCCAGCUGAUGGGUGGGGGGGGUAUAUAUACUAUCGCCCAACCAGAGGUGCACUGGGCUGGGAACCCACAGAUGAGCGGAGAUCCUCAGGACUGGCUGCGUGCUGAGAACCUGUUGCCCCACCAGACGGUAGAGAAGCUAUUUAAGUGGACAGUCUAUGACGAUGGGGGCCAGACCAGGUCAAUUCCUGCCCACAAUGGCAGGGGCCCCUGGGAAUCAGAGGACCCCACCCAGGAGAUGCUGGAGAGUCGACUACUCAGCGCACAGGUUGUGAUGACUGGCUGCAAAAUAGCUAUAGAGGUGGAUGAGGUGGAGGAUCUGUCUCAGCUAGAAGAGGUGUGUGAGAGCUCUGUGCUUCUGAAUCUGAAGAAGAGGUUCCACCGUGACUGUAUUUACACUUACAUUGGAAAUAUGCUGCUGUCCAUUAACCCCUUCAAGCCCCUUAACAUCUACACAGAGGAGCUGAGACAGAAAUACCAGGGCAAAGAGCAGCAGAAAAACUCACCCCAUGUGUAUGCCAUAGCCGACGCCAUUUUCAGUCAGUCUCAAGCCUCCACACAGGAGCAGUGCAUCAUCAUAAGUGGCCAGAGUGGUUCAGGGAAGACUGAAACUACCAAGCUGAUAGUCCACUACCUCAGCUCCAUGUAUCAAAGCAGAAAUCACAAACUGCAACAGCCCAUGGAGGUCUUUCCCAUCCUGGAGAGUUUUGGGAAUGCCAAGACCAUCCUCAACAACAAUUCCAGCCGCUUUGGCAAGUACCUCCACAUCCACAUUCUCCAUGGGGUUGUUGUAGGGACCUCGUUGUCCAAAUAUCUCCUUGAGAAGUCCAGGGUUGUCUUUCAGGCCAAUGAGGAGAGGAACUACCAUGUGUUCUAUGAGCUGCUGGCAGGUAUGAAUGACUGGGACAAACAGGAGCUCUACCUGCAAGGAGCCGAGACCUAUUACUACCUAAACCAAGGUGGUGCCUGUGAAUUGAAGGGGAAGCAGGACAAGCAGGACUUCCAGGUUUUGGUUCAGUGCUUUGAGACCAUCGGUCUGCAUGCUGACCAGAUUUCAACCGUCUGGGCCAUCCUCUCCUCUAUCCUGCAGCUCGGCAACAUGUGCUUCAGCUCGUAUGAGAGCGAGUCGUUUGAGGUGGCUCGUAUCUUCAGCGAGGCUGAGGGCAGGCGGGUUGGCUCCUUGUUGCAGAUUUCGUCCGAGGCCCUUCAGACCGUCAUCACUCACAAAGUCACAGAGACGGCCUAUGACAGGAUCUACUGCCCUUUAUCUGUGGAAAAUGCCAUAGAAGCCAGAGAUGCUAUUGCCAAAGCCUUGUAUUCAGUGAUGUUUGACUGGUUGUUGGAGCAGAUCAAUAACUGGUUGAGUCCCACAGAGAUGGACAGCACAGUGGGCAUAGUCGACAUCUACGGGUUUGAGGACCUGGGAGUGAACAGCUUUGAGCAGCUGUGUAUCAACUUUGCCAAUGAGCAGCUGCAACACUUUGUCAACAAGGCACUGAUCUCCCAGGAACAAGAAGAGUACAGUGCAGAACAGAUCCAGUGGUAUCCGAUGCCACUUAAGAACUUCCACUCCUGCCUGGAGCUGAUCUCCUCCCGACCACACGGCAUCCUCCGCAUACUGGACGAUCAGACCUGCCUCCCCCAGGCCACUGACCACACCUUCCUCCAGAAGUGCCACUACCACCAUGGGAACAGCCCCUACUAUGCCAAGCCCAAGAACCCACUGCCAGUCUUCACUGUCUAUCACUAUGCUGGAGCUGUCACUUAUCAGGUUCAUAAUUUCCUGAAUAAGAACCAUGACCAGUUCAGGACAGAAGUGGUGGAGCUUUUUGCCAGGAGUCGGUUAAAGAUGGUGUCUGAGUUAUUCCGGAAGGUUCAGGAUGGUUACAUUCAGCAGAGAGAGCUGGGCUGGAGAGGGAAGGGCCUCCGUCAGCAGCCCUCUACUGCUGCCUCACACUUCCUUCAGUCCCUGACUGAACUCACCACCCGCCUGGAGAGAUGCAAAACCACUUUUAUUCGUUGUCUGAAGCCAAACUACAUCAAGGUUCCUGGGAUCUUUGACGUAGACUAUGUAUUGGCCCAGCUGAGGUAUGCCGGGAUGCUGGAGACCAUCCGCAUCAGAAAAGAGGGUUUCCCCAUACGGCUACAGUACUCCUACUUCAUUGAGAGAUACGGGGUGCUGCUCACACAGCGGCUGAGUGAGGUGUCGGACAGAGAGCAGGCGGUAGCGCUGCUGGACAUGGCUGGUGCAGAGGAGGGACAGUACCAGCUGGGACUCACCAAGGUGUUCCUCAAGGAGCUUCUGUACCAGCAGCUAGAGGAGAAGUGGAUCAGCACCCAGACCUGGGCUGCCAUCACCAUCCAGAGGAACAUCAGAGGCUUCCUCUGCAGGAAGAACUUCAAGUUCUUCAAACAGAAAGCCAUCGUCAUCCAGAGCCACAUCCGAGGACACCAGGCGAGGAAGUACUAUAAGCGCCUGAAGCAGUCCUUCAUCCAGUUCUGGGCAGUGAUGAUGAUAACCAGGAACACCAUCAAGAGACGCCAUUGGAGGAAGGAAUUUCACGAGAAGAACAAAGUAAAGGCAGUGACAAGGACUAAGUCUGUCUCUCCGGGAAUGGAUGUGGGGUUGUUGGAGAUCCCUGCUGAGCUGUCAGCCAGACUUCGCAGUGCAGCAGUGCGGCAGCAUGCGUCAGGGGUCACAGAGGUUGCACCUCCUCAAGUGAAGGCAGAACACAAGCUCACCCUGCCUCUGGAUAUAGACAGAUACCCAUUCUCUCGCUAUGCCAAGUCCAUAUUAAAGGAUACAUGGUGCCAGCCUCAGGGAUACCCCCUCCAGAGACCCCUAACCCCUCUGGAACCUGAAGAUGCCAGAACUGCCCUGGAGAUUUACAAAUUGAUCUUACGGUUUACAGGUGAGUCAGACCUCAGUGGCUGGCAGGAGCAAAUGUUGGGUAACUACAUAGUGGAGAAGGGUCAGAACCGGCCAGCCUUGAGGGAUGAGAUCCUGGCCCAGUUGGUUUAUCACAUGUGGGGCCUGCAGGAGGAGAAGGACAGUCUGAGGGGCUGGCUGCUGCUGGCCUGCUGCCUCAGUGCCUUUGCCCCCUCACCAACACUGGAAAAACCCCUGCUCAAGUAUGUGUCUGACCAUGGUCCAGGGGAGUACCGCUCAUUGUGCCAACACAAACUGCUGACAUCUCUCCAGCUCCCAGCUCCCACUGCCCGCAUCUACCCCCCUGUCCAACUAGAGUGGACCACCAACCAGAGGAAGGGCACUAUGCUGCUGGAUGUACACACCUUCAAUGAUGAAAAGCUGACAACUGAAGUGGAAUCAUGGACCACAGGAGAGCAGCUGGCCUCAUGGCUUCUUCAUUUCAGAGGUGUGUCGGAGGCGAUGCAGGGCUGGACGGUGUCUCUUCUGACUGAUGAAGGUUGGUCAGAUCUGGUAGGCUCGGACUUUGUCAUGGAUCUUCUGGCUGGAGCUGAAGCUGAAGUGCUGCCACCACCAGGGACUCCAUCCUCUUUAAACUCUGACUACCUGUUCAGCAGCCAAGGAGACAGGAUGCCAGCUACAGAUCUGGAUGACUUCAUCCCACCAGCACCUCCCAUGCAAGCUCCUGGGCUGCCUUCUUUUGAGGGAAGCCCCUGGGGAAGAGAUUAUCCACAGGAAGGCCGUGGUCGACAGAUGGAUGCCUACGUUGAUGACUUGUUUGACCCUGUACUAGACCAAGGACCUCCAGACAUGGAAAGAGUAGCCAUGCUAAACCGCAGGAUGAGAGGAGGAGGAGGAAUUGGACCCAUGCAGCCUGGCAUGUAUGGAACUGGUAUGCCUAUGACAAUGCCAAGCUAUCCUAUGAGAAUGCCGGUUGACCCAUCAAUGCCCUUCAAUGGUGCAACUCCCAUGAUGCCAAACAUGAUGGCCUUGCCAACCAUGCCAGCCAUGAUGUUGCCUCAGACUUCCAUGCCUGCCUCGCCUGUCAUUGACCCCGUGCAGAUGGCAGCAACACAGCAGGCCCUCAUCAAUCAGCAGGCCAUUCUCAUGGCCCAGCAAAUGACCCUGCAGGCGAUGACUCUGUCCCAGCAGCAGACACAGGAGCAGCAGCAGAAGAAGAAGGAGCAGGAGAGAAAGGAGGAAGAGGAGAGGCAGCGGAGACGAAAGUCCGAGCAACGGUCCAGGGAACGCUCACCAUCCCCUCGAUCUCUCUCACACCCACCUGCCCAGCCCAAAGCACCUGCACCUGCACCUCAACGCACUUCCAGCUACAGGCAGCCUGAGCCAGAAAGAGAAGUGGAUUUGCCAGAUCCAGAUGACCUGCAGUCUUUCAGAGACAAGAGGGAAUACUUCCAGAAGAUUGGCACUCAGCCCCAAGGUGAAUCCAAAACCCAAAAGCCUCGGCCAGCACCCCCCAGCCCACCCAUACAGCAGCAACGCUCCCCGCCACCCCCGCCUCCAGCACCUAAGCCUCAGGUGAAGCAUCUCCACACCUCUCCUGCCAGAGAAGCGAACCCCCCAAAAGCAACACUUACCCCAGCUCCUCUUGCUAAGCCUCAGCCCGAACCCACCUCCAGCAUCCGGGAAAUCAUUAAACAGUAUAACAGCCGACCCCCACCAGAACCCAAACUUUUAGAGCCUGUCAGACCUCCUGUACGGCAUUUUAUAAAGAAGAGUGACCCCAAAGAAGAAGCUAUGGCCAAACUCAAAAACAAAGCACCAGUGCCACAACAGAAGUGGGUGCCUCCUCCGCCACCAGUCAAGAGAGAGCAACCUCCUCCCAGGACCCCCUCCCCACAGCCCUCUCCUCCCUUCACCAGGGGUCCGCGUGUCAUCUCCAACAACAUGAGGCAGAAACAGCGCUCCCUGGAGGACAUGUUUGGCUCGCAGCGCUCCCAGCACCCUCUGCCUGAUCCCCCCGACUCCCCGCCACCUCCUCCGCACCCAGCACCCAUCCUUCAGAACAUCCCUGACCCGCCGCCGAUGGCUACCCCGUCUCUCAAUGUGAUGCCAGAUGAGGAGGGCAUUCGCUCCCAGCUCCACCGCUUCUCUUCUGAUGUUUACUUCUCUUAUUCUAACAUGCUGGGAAAACUGUUCCUGCGAAAAGAAGUGUUUUACCCCAGAGAGAUGUUCAACUGGCCCUACAUCCUCAAUCUGUUAUGUGAACAGAUUAUGAGGGACACCUACUCUGACAGCUGUGUGAGGAUCAGCAGAGAGGAGAGGAAGAAGAUGAAGGACCUGCUGGCAAAUUUCAAUGUGGGAACGACUAUAAGCACGAUCCAGAAUGACAGCAUGAAGAAGAGAAUUGUCAUUGCUGCUCGAGACAACUGGGAAAACUACUUUACCCGCCUGUUCCCUGUAAAGUUGGACAGUGGAGAUGCUCAGGUUUUCGGUGUGUCUCAUCGUGGCAUUCGUCUCCUGAAGGUGGUCAGAGCAUCAGGCAUCAACCCCAAACACCUCCGUAUCCUCAGAAGCUACAGUUUUGCAGAGCUGCUGUCAGUAGACCUCCAGGGUGCAGACAGAGUGGAACUGGAGCUAAAGAGUGAAAACUUGGUGCUGCUGUCAUCCAGAGCCCCUCAGAUCACUGCCAUGAUCCGAUUCUUCCUCCAGGAGCUCAUCAGGGACUCAGGGCAUGUGGUUGCCCUGAAAAGUUUUGUGACAGAUGACAAAAGUCUGCUCAGCUUCAGCAAGGGUGACAUCAUCAAACUGCUGCCAAUGGAAGGACUUGAGAGAGGCUGGUGUUUUGGCACCAUGGGAGGGCGCUCAGGUCUUUUCCCAGACAACCUCACCCAGCCAUCUGCAGCCCCGGACUACCACUGUCUCCACCUUGACCGAAGAGAUAACAGGAGGAAAAGCAUGAGGGGCGCUAGACCUGUCAGUCCACCCAAGGGCCCGUCUUCAGGUCCCAUCAGCAGAUCCAUGGGCAGCACUGAUUCAGAGUGGCCCAGCAGAGAGGCCUCACUCCGGUGCUCGGUACCGGGAUCGGUUCAGAGAUCAGUCCAGGGCUCAGUCCAGGGCUCAGUCCACGAGUUGGAGAUCCACUCAGCCAUGGCUGAGUUUGCAAUGAAGUACUUUAGAGUGGGGACUACCACUCUGCCAGCCAGUGGAAGGAAUUUUUCAGAAGCAGUUCAACACACAGAGGUUCCCAUACAGGAGUCCCUCAUUCUCUACAGUGAUCCUGAAAUCAAUGAUUUAUCUGUCCAGUGCUUCAUGAACGUGAUGCAGUUCAUGGGUGACAUGCCAACAAAGAAGAAUAACACCCAGUCAGACUGUCUGAGCCACAUCUUACUGUUAGGGAAGGAAAAGAUGCUGCUGAGAGAUGAAAUCUACUGCCAGGUCAUCAAGCAAACCACCAACAACCCAACCAAAUCCAUCUGUACCCUCGGCUGGCGGCUGUUCAACCUGGUGACUGGGUUCUUCCCCUGUUCUGGGACUCUGCAGCCCUACGUCACACGUCACCUACACGACAUCUCUCAGGACUACGAACACAUGUACCAAGAGCUGGCGUGUGUGUGUCAGGAUAACCUUCAGCGAUCUCUCCGUUUUGGUGGUCGCCGUAACAUCCCCUCUCAUGAAGAGAUGGAGGCCAUUCUGGCUGGCAAAACUUCUCGACGUAUUCCUAUUCAGCUGCCAGGAGGAGUGGAUUUCACCAUCAAGAUACACAGCUUCAGUAUGGCAGCAGAUGUGGCAACAAAGUUCUGUAAUGAAAUCGGCAUCUCAAAUCUCACAGAAAUCAGAGAGUUCUCCAUCCUCGCCAACCGACGUCAAGACGGGAUGGUGCGUCCCCUCCAUGCUGAAGAGUAUCUGUUUGACUUCCUGCUGGAUGAUGGCUCCAUCUUCUUGUCCCUGAAAAGACUGAUGUGGAGAAACCCUCUGUCCUUCAACAGUGACCUCUAUGUGGAGUUCCACUACCAGCAGCUCCUGGGUGACUACCUAAGUGGGCGGCUGAUGCUUGCUCCUGCUGCAGGUGGUUCCCCAUCAGUCCAGCAGGUAGCAGAGCUGUCAGCCCUGCAGCAUCUGGCUCGGGGACUGAAGCACCAGCCCUCGCUGCCAGAGAUAAAGGAGUACCUGCCCUCACAGGACGGGCUCAGCAGUAAAGUUGAAGAGAUCCACGCCUUCUGUGAGGGCCAGACAGCUGCCAGGCUGUCCCUUAGCCCUCAAGAUGCCAAAAUACAAUUCAUUGAGUUUCUGAGCACCCUGCCUAUGUUUGGCUCCAACAUUUUCUUGGCCCAGAAGGUCAGCCAGCGUGGCUGUCCCUCCCCAUGCAUGAUCAGUAUCAGCCAGGAGGGGGUGCUGUUCCUUCACCCCAAAACACAGGAGCGAGUCUUUCUGAUUCCUCUGGCAGACGUGCAGUUCAUGCGCACCAUCCGCCCCAAGAAGCAAGGCAAAGUGCCGGCUCUGGACAUCGAUUAUGGCAAUCCAGGCCGUCCGAAAAAAGUCACCAUUCAUCUCAAACAGGCUAAGGAGUUGUGCCACAUCCUUGCUCUGAUAAUGGAAGAAGUGAUCCGACCAUCAGUCAACAGCUCCAUUUCAAAUCGCCAGUAGACACACACGCACACACACACACACACACAGUAUAGAGAGUUUUUGGUCAUCACUUGCUUCUGUAACUUUUGUGUUUACCUUUUUUGUUAAUUUAUGGGUUAUUUUCUGUGUAACGUCGUAGAUAGGGCGUCAUUGAUGGAAUGGGCUGAAUAGAAACAUGAACGUGCACACACAGUGCUGAUAUUCUCCCCAGUGUUUUCUGACAGGAAGUGAUGCAGAGAUGACAGGUAUAAGUGAAUGCAGGAGGGAUUAGAGUAAUUCAUAAUUGUACAAAAUCAGUGCUUUAAAAAUGUCUCCUUUGUGUAUUAAAAUUCUAUGAGACAAUUGUUGGAAGUUAAUGUUAUAAUGAUGUCAUGUAAUAUAAGUAAAUCAUUUAUAAUAAUUAAAGAAAUAUGUUGAUUCAUUUAA